AAAGUACUGAUGAACGCCGUACCAUGGCAGUGCAAUGGUAUUCGUUGAGGUACACAAGGUUGUUUGGACACGAUGCCAUGGUAGUGUUAUGGGCAGUGAUGCCGGGCAUGGUACUGUUUCGGCGACGCUGGUCAGUUGGCAGCGAUGACCUGGUGUUGCCGGCUUUCUUUCUGUUUAUACUACACUGCAUAUGGCUGGUGGUUCUGUCCGUGGUUCUCUUCGGGUUGCCGUACAGUUCGGAGCAGUCGUGUUCGGUCACUCUGGUGGACCAUGGUCGCGGGUACCUCGGCAUCCUGGUCAGCUGCCUGAUCUGCGAGAGCGCCAUCAUGUGGCUGAGCAUGAGGGGCAGCAUCUUGUACACGCAGCCCAGAGAGGCGGUGCAGUAUGUGCUUUACAUACGGCUGGCCAUCCUGCUGGUAGAGCUGGUGUAUGCCGUGGUCGGCAUUGCCUGGUUGGUGCAGUAUUACCAGCCUUGUUCUGACAUCACGGCCAAGAACCUCGCUCUGGGAAUCGUGGUGUGUAAUUGGUUAGUCAUCUUCAGUGUGUUUUUCACCAUGAUGUGCACCUUUGAUCCCACCGGACGAACCUUUGUGAAGCUGAAGGCGACACGGCGCCGUCAACGCAAUCUCACAACAUAUACCCUCAGACAUAGACUAGAGGAGGGUCAAGCUAGCAGCUGGAGCCGGAGACUCAAGUUCUUCAUGUGCUGCACAAGAGCAAAAGAUACACAAUCUGAUGCUUAUUCGGAGGUGGCCAGCCUUUUCGCCGAAUUCUUCCGGGAUCUGGACAUUGUUCCAAGUGACAUCAUUGCUGGUUUGGUGCUCCUCCGACAGAGACAAAGAGCCAAAAGAUCAGCCAUUCUGGAUCAGGCAAACAAUGACGUUUUAGCCUUUCUAUCUGGAAUCCCUGUAACUCGCAACACUAAGUAUUUGGACCUCAAGAACUCGGCUGAGAUGGCCAUGUAUAAAGAAGUGUGCUACUACAUGCUGUUUGCCAUGGCGGCGUAUGGUUGGCCCAUUUAUCUCUUAAUAAACCCAGCGUGUGGGCUCUGCAAACUCGUCAGCACCUGCUCCUGUAAUACAUCAGUUUCAGGGUCUCGUCUGUCUCAGUCUGUCACCGUGGAGGAGGACAACUGCUGCGGCUGUAACGUUCUCGCAAUGCGACGGCAAUUUCUGGACCGAGACCUUAAAGAAGUUCAAAUCGUCUACACGUCCUGUCACGACGCGGUUUAUGAGACACCCUUCUUCGUAGCAGUGGAUCAUGCAAAGAAAAAAGUGGUAAUCAGCAUUAGAGGAACGUUGUCCCCUAAGGACGCUUUGACGGAUCUCACGGGCGAUUCUGAGCGUUUGCCCGUGGAGGAACAACACGGCACAUGGCUUGGACACAAGGGAAUGGUUUAUUCAGCUGAAUACAUAAAGAAGAAGCUAGAGCAAGAGAUGAUUCUCUCACAGGCCUUUGGGAGAGAUUUGAGUAAAGGGACGAUGCACUACGGGCUGGUGAUUGUGGGUCACUCGCUGGGUGCCGGUACGGCCGCCAUCCUCUCCUUUCUCCUCCGGCCGCAGUAUCCUUCACUGCAGUGUUACUCUUACUCUCCCCCUGGCGGCCUCCUCAGUGAGGAUGCAAUGGAGUACUCCAAAGAUUUUGUUACUUCCGUGGUUCUGGGAAAAGACCUGGUCCCGAGGAUUGGCCUCUCUCAGCUCGAGGGCUUUCGUCGGCAUCUGCUUGAAGUCUUACAGAAAAGUGAGAAACCAAAGUGGCGCAUUAUUGCUGGCGGUACGAAGUGCAUCCCAAAAUCAGAGCUGCCACUGGACGACGAAGCCCCAGCAUCUCAGGGUGUAACCCCCUCCAAUUCACGACUGUGGCUGCAUCCCAGUGAUCUGAGCAUCGCCCUGUCGGCGUCCACUCCUCUGUACCCUCCGGGACGGGUCAUCCAUGUGGUGCACAACCACCCGCCAGAGACAUGCUGUGGUCAGGAAGAGCCCACUUACUCUGCACUAUGGGCAGACAACAAGGCCUUUGACGAAGUCAUAAUUUCUCCGGCCAUGCUGAAUGAACACAUGCCUCAUGUGGUGAUGGACGGACUCAAUAAGGUGUUGGAAAACUAUAAUAAAGGGAAGACGGCUUUAUUGUCUGCUGCUAAGAUAAUGGUCAGUCCUACAGAAGUGGACUUGAAUCCAGAAACGAUUUUCCUCGAUGCCUCAAAUUCACUGCAGCCCACGCCCGCUGCACAACACCGCAGAAACAGUAGUGUCCGUUCCUGUGCCCGCUCUGAGAUCUCGCUGGAUGGCUUCUCGGAGUGUCCACCUCCUCCAGUACCUGUGGUGCUGACUGGAGCUCGUGAGCGAUUGACCGUGGAGCUUCGGGAGCGAAAAGCUCCACUAGCCAUUAUGGAGAGUCUGUCCGACGCCGAAUCCAUCUAUAGCUUGGACUCUCGGCGGUCCUCCGCUGCCCUGAGGGGCUCACCCUGUCUGGGGAGUCUACCUUUCCCGUUGGAUGCCCCUAUCCCAGAAGAGAACCCUUCGCUUAGCUCCCGGACAGAGCUGCUGGCUGCGGACGGCUUGAGCCAGGGUGCGGAGGACCAUGAGCUGGGGGAAGAUGGUCCCUAUUACCAUACCCCACCAAAACUGACUGUACCGUCUAACGAUGCGCAUUAUCUCCCUGUCCGUGUGCGCAACAGUGGCCAUUUCUCAUCCCUUUCACUUGGGCAGAAAACGGAAGAUCAGCCUGCCAGCAAGGGCACGAACUUCCGCCCGUCUUCAGAAACACCUGUGGCUUGUCAGCCAUCAGAAGUUUCAACUGCUCAAGAAUCCCUCCCUGUAGCAUCUCGGACUGGUUCAAAGCAAGAAAGACUUAGCGAAUUGGCCGAGGAAACAGAGGUUGAAAAGGAAGAAGUCAAAGUAGAAAUGUCCCAGGUUCCGCCACUGUCCAAUGGAACCCCCAGUCAGGCGGUCCUGGAGUUUGCCCAAUACCUGGACUCCCUGUUUAGACUCGACGGCAGCAGCUCUCCACCUCUCGAGCUGUCCGAUGCGGAAUCUGAGUCUGGACGUGGAUCAUACAGUCAGGCUGAGGGAAACCGAGGGGACCAACUUGUGAAAAACUCAGACAAGGAUAGGCAGCUACUGGCCAGAGCGACCAUAGAGCCCAAUUUGGUUCCCAAGCCCCCUCGCACCUUCGCGGGGUCAGCUGACCCCUCCUCCGGCAUCUCUCUUUCUCCAUCUUUCCCUCUCUCCUCUUCUGGAGAACUCAAUGAUCUCUCUCCUCCCGAUGGAGUGCUACCAUCAGUCAUCCAUACUUUACGAACUUCUGCUGCUAGUCCCAACUGCAAGGAAACAGCAUUGGCCUCUAUGGUUUAGCGUUCUACUGUCCUCGGCGUAUCUCAACGUAUCACUUCCCUUGCAUCUAUUUAUUUUGACCCACAGUUUCCUUUCCUACACCCGAUGGGUCCCUUAUCCUUGCGUUUUCUGAACCGAUUGUAAAAAACGUGCAUGCGUAGUAACGCAGUCCAAGACUUCCAGACUUAUGGACCACAAAGGAUUCGUAAAGAACAGGAGACCUCAUUUUGUACUAUCGUUAAACAUAUCUGCUGAAUUCAUUGUGGUUUGUGCAUCAGCAUAACGAAGUUUCCUAUUCGUUGCCUGCAGCAUACGAGGUGCUGAGCGGCUCCUUCACUCCAAGGAUGUUGCUUGCAUGUAUAGAGGCUUGCACAAAUGACCCUACUUUCACAUUCAAUUCAAUGUUAUGAUUAUGUUUACAUUGAAGCCACAGAACACCAAGCUAUCACGGAGGUUGGGGGUUCUUUACAAGCGAAAUACAGGGAUGGGUAAAAAGGGACGACUAACUAACUUAAACGAGUUUUGGGUUGGGAGCACACAAGCAGCUGUGGGGUUUAUUUCCUCAGGACUUUCGAGAACGUAAAAUGGGACCGUUUCGUCUCAGACGAAGGAAAAUAAAUUGCAAAAAUGAAUUUCGUUGGAUUGUACUUUAUAAUUUUUUUUUUUAUUGAAGAUUGUGUGAAAUGUCCUGCUGAGUAUGUUUUAGUGGUGGCACUGAUGGUUGGUGAACAUCUACGAGUUAUGUGCAUGAGAAAAUACUGUAUGGUCGUGUAAAACGUUUUAAUUUUGCUAAUUUCGUCAUCUCUUAUUUACAAAAAUCCACUUUAUUUAAGCAUGCGAGUUUUAUAUCGUUUUAUUCACCCUAUUGCCAAAAACGUCAACUAUUAAUGUUAGAAUUCUGUGAAAUUAAUAUAUGGUAAUAAUUAUUUAUUUUUACAACCCACUGCCCAGAAAUGCAAACGACUUCAAGAGAUACCAGGCUUGACCAAUCACAAAACGCACCCUUUAAAUGGCUCGUCUGACUCUCUCUCACACAGUUAAGGAAAGUUUCAUCUCAUUCAGUAGGUUAUGGGUAUGGCGUGCAAUCCGUAGCAAAAUAUACAGUAAGCAUAGAGAUUUUCAGGAGAUCUCACCUGCAUUUUUUAAAAAUCAUUUCUACUGUUGUUGCUAUAUAACGAUAAAAAAGUGGUUUAUCUCGACAACAAAAUAUUUUAAUAACUCGGACUUACUUUUAUAUAUUGUUUCAGGUUGGAGUGUUUGAGUUUUGGGUUGUUGCGUGAAAAAGUACAGUAGUGUUUCUUUCACAGCUCGCAAAUGUGUCGAGUGACUUUUAUUUUGUAUGCUGUUGAAAAUUAUUUGACUUAAUUUAAUUGCAUGGAGUAAUUUCAAUUCACAGAUUAUUACGUUGUGCAUGUGACGCAUAAUCAAACAUAUAUUACUUUUUCAAGUUUUGCUUUUCUGUAUGCAAGUUACAUAGCAAAAACAUUUUCUGCGACUCUUGUUAGAUGCCUUCAUAAGUUUAUAAGCUGUGACUGCUGUACUUUUUCACAGGGUUAUGUAUAGCACUGCCUUUUCACGUGAGUGUAAAUACUUGUCUUGUUUCAAGUUGUUGUGUUUAAAAAAGAUCAAUGAAACUUAACAAUAAAAAUCUCUAUUAUGUAUCAUAGUGACUUUAUCUCAAAUGUAUAGUUAUAUUGAUAUAUAUAUAUACAAUAAAUUAUAAAUAAAGAAUGACUCUUCAGGAAUGAAAAAUCUGAUACUGUGGCCAUAUAUUGACUAGAAAAUAUAUAAUGAUUCAGCCAUCAUAAGUCUUUAACACAAAGUGAAUGUAUUUAAAUGCACACACUUACACUGCCCUGCCUGUUAUAGAAUAAACCAUACAAAUCUCAGACUGACUGA